CGUAGCUGGCGUAGUCGGCCACCGUCAUUGAGACCUCCGACUUCCGCAAUACACACCCACAGCCCGAAAGUACCUUUCACGAUGAAGCGGGUGCGAGAGGACGCAACACACCAUGGACAGUCCUACAAACUGCGCCGAGUCUCAGCUCACACUCAUCUCUUUGUACUGAGCGAAGAAAUUCUUGUGCGUAUUCUUUCGUUUGUCCCAGUGCCUACACUACUCGUGUGCCAAUUGAUAUGCAAGAAACUCGGUCGCCUUGCGGUUGACUCUGAACUAUGGAAAGCCGCUUUUUACACGCGAUUUGUCAUGCCCAGGGCUGCACGGAUACCUGGCAUCAAAGAGACACACUCCCAACAUCUGCGGUACUCGUCGAAGUUAUCCAAAUGGUUGCAUGAUAGUCAUUUGUUGCAACAUGGGAGGAAGAUAAACUGGAAGCACCAGUACCGGCUCCGGCACAACUGGUCGAAGGGGUCUUGUGCCAUCAGUGAGAUUACCGUGGCGCAACCGCCCUCUGAUCUUCCCCUUUUGGUGGUCAUGUCGGAUCGUGCGAUAUAUACGGCAGAUGCUGUGCUUGGACUCCGCGCAUGGAGUUCUAAAGAUGGGCAGGAUUUCAUCGCUGCAGCGCCGCCCUUUUCGAGAAUGCCGACUGGUCUCCCGCGAUCGCCUACGUCCAUCACGAUAGAUAAGUCGGAGGGGUGCGGGGCAUACGAACGAGUAGUAGUUGGCUUUGCUGAUGGUUCAUUCAUGGUUUUCGCACUUGCGCUGUAUGAGAAGGUCUUUGAAAUGCUCUUCGCACACCCACCAUCUACCAGUGGCGCGCUGACGGCCCUCGCAUACUCGUCACCACACCUUCUUUCAAUGACACACGAUCAUCUACUUUCCAUAUAUGCUUUCUCUGAAAGCCAUCGUUCAAAUCAAACGACUUUAAUGGCCCCAAAGCUACUGUAUUCACUGAAGUCCCAUACAAUAUGGGCUCCAGCUUCUCUAUCGAUACGUUCGACAUCAACAGCCAUGAUCGCGGCAAUCGCAUACGCAUUACCUACGUACUUAUCCGGAUGGACUAUUGGCAUUCAAGAGAUGCGAAUUUCCUUAGAGGGCGAUUUGCUCGAAUCACGUCUAGCAACUGCGUCGGAGGUGCAAUCGUGUACUUUAUCGGACCAACCAUCUCCAUCUUCGACAGCCAUCCGCUCCUCGUCGUCUUUCAUCAGCGGUACUCGGGACGCAUUACGUGUUGAUCCGUCCGUGGUUUCUAAACCGACAUCAAUGUCGUACUCGCAUCCCUACCUACUCGUGGCCCAUCCAGACAAUACACUGGCGCUUUACCUUGUUAAAUCGACAAAUUCGGUAUUGUCUAUUAGUUCCGGUAGCCGAUUAUGGGGCCAUACAUCUUCCGUAUCUGGAACACACGUUGGAUCGCGAGGCAAAGCCGUUUCCGUGAGUCGUUUGGGCGACGAGCUGCGUGUGUGGGAUUUGGAAAGUGGUAUAGCGUCCAAGGAUUGUAGAAGGCAGAUCUCAGGCGGACGAAUUAGCGUAAGGGUGAAGCCUGCGAAAGACAAUGAAGGAAAUAGCGACGAGGAUGCGGCCUUGUCUCCUAAGCACAGCCUCCGGCUCGCUCUCGACAAAGGGUUCGACGACUCUACAAUCAGCAAAGGGUGGGUAGGCUUCGACGAGCAAAACGUCAUUGUGCUGCGCGAGAAGAGCGAAGGCAGUCAGGUACUGGUUGUACAUGACUUUUCGUGA